CGUUCACUGUGACACGUAGGUGGUUGACCACUAACCCAGCCAGGAGCUCAGCUCACUACCUGGUCAAGGGGAAGCGGGUGCUGAAGUCCCUAUCCUGAAAUUCAGUUAAUAUCCUCCAGCUUCUUUACAAAAACAUCAGUUAUGGAGGCCAGGGGCGAGGGCGCAGGUGUGCAGUCUGCUGACCUAACCUCCGGGUCUGGAAAUGAAGACGAACCGGUAGAGGAUACGACCGCACAGGCCGUCAAGCCACCAGAAGGAAGAAUGAAACGUAUAUUUGGGUUUGAAAAGGAGGACUUCUCUUCCUGGCACCGCAUCGUGUGCCUCCUGAACCGCCCCACCGACCCUGCAGCGUUGGGCAUUUUCCGUUGCAUGUUUGGGAUGCUGAUGGCCAUCGACAUCACCCAGGAGAGGGGCCUCAGUCACCUGGACUACAAGUACCUGGACGGGGCCCCCAUCUGCCGCUUCCCCCUCUUCAGCUCCCUGGAGCCGCUGCCCAUGGACUGGAUGUACCUGGUCUAUGUGGUCAUGUUUUUGGGUUCUGUUGGGAUCAUGCUGGGUCUUUUCUACCGGCUGUCUUGCCUCAUGUUCAUCGCCACAUACUGGUACGUCUUCUUCCUGGACAAAACCGCCUGGAACAACCACUCCUAUCUCUACGGCCUGAUCGGAUUCCAACUCACACUCAUGGAUGCAAAUAGAUAUUGGUCACUUGAUGGUUUGAUGAAACCCAAGAAGAGGAAUGCUGACGUCCCGCUCUGGAACUACACCCUCCUGAGAGUACAGAUAUUUAUUGUGUAUUUCAUCGCUGGCAUCAAGAAGUUGGACGCAGACUGGGUGGAGGGAUACUCCAUGUCCUAUCUGGCGCAUCACUGGCUGUUUGAGCCCUUCCAGAUGAUCCUGUCGGUGGACCAGGUCAGUCUGCUGGUGGUGCACGGAGGAGGCCUGGCCCUCGACCUCACGGCGGGGUACCUCCUGUUCUUCGACGCCACGCGGCCGUUCGGCAUCGUCUUCGUCUCCUACUUCCACUGCAUGAACUCUCAGCUCUUCAGCAUCGGAAUGUUUGCCUACACCAUGCUGGCCACCAGCCCUCUCUUCUGCUACCCCGACUGGCCCCGGAGAUUCUUCGCCCGCUUCCCGGCGCCCCUGUGGGUCUUACUGCCCAUCACGGCCCCGGGGCCCCAGCCCAGCAGCUCUUGCGUUUAUCCAGAGGUCCAGAAGGGCGGCAAGAAGGCCCCUAAGACCCCGUCCUCCAACACCACCCCCAAAGUCUCCCAGCCCAGGUUUAGACACAAGCUGGCCACCGUCUUUGCAUUUAUCUACGUGGUGGAACAGUUCUUCCUGCCUUACUCACACUUUAUCACACAGGGCUACAACAACUGGACCAACGGCUUGUACGGCUACUCCUGGGACAUGAUGGUGCACUCGCGCAGUCACCAGCACGUCAAGAUCACGUACAAAGACGGAACGACGGGAGAGGUCGGAUACCUCAACCCCGGGGUAUUCACUCACAGCCGGCGCUGGAAGGACCACGGGGACAUGCUGAAACAGUACGCCGUCUGCCUCAGUGCGAACCUGCCCCGUUACAACAUCACCGAGCCAGAGAUAUACUUUGACAUCUGGGUCUCCAUCAAUGAGCGCUUCCAGCAAAGGAUCUUUGACCCGCGCGUGGACAUUGUGAAAGCUGAUUGGUCUCCGUUCCGUCCGAACCCCUGGCUUAUGCCCCUGCUGGUUGACCUGUCCCCCUGGAGGACCAAGUUCCAGGAGAUCGAGAGCAGUCUGGACAACCAGACGGAGAUCGUGUUCAUCGCUGACUUCCCAGGCCUCCACCUGGAGAACUUUGUGAGUGAAGACCUGGGCAACACCAGUGUGCAGGUCCUCCAGGGUCAGGUCACCGUAGAGAUCACCGAGGAAAACAAGAACUACACCCUGGAGACCGGCCAGCAGAUGAAGCUACCCCACGGCGCCUACCACAAGGUGUACACGGUGUCCGAGGGCCCGUCCUGCUACAUGUACGUCUACGUGAACACCACGGAGGCGGCGCUGCAGCAGAACUUCACCAGGCUGCUGGGGAUCCAAGAGCGUGUCCGCAACGGCACGGAAACGGAGCCCCUCCCCCCAGAGCUGCUGCCGCUCAUCGCCACAGACGACCAAGGGUCAGAGGUCAACGCCACGGACCCCGUCGUCCAGCUGUUCCUGAGGAGGCAGCGGCGCAUGAAGGAGGUGAAGAAACGCCGGGAGGCCAACGUGAUGGAGCGCCUCAACCGCUUCACCGUCAAGAAGUACUACCUGCUCAGAAGAGGGUUUCUAAUGACGUCCAUUGCACUGCGCAACCUAGCGUUUGGUCUUCCUCCAGUGGACCAGCUGACCAGGGAGGUGGCCUUCGCCAACAUGAAGGAACCUCUACAGGAAGCCAAUCAGGACGGACCUCUCAAGGAGGAGGCGGGACAUGGAGAGCUUUAGGACCAAUAGAUAAGAUCCCGAGAAGUCCCAGCCAACAGAGGGAGGAAGGAUUGCGUGAACAAAAGGAUAUGGAUAAUCUUUCUAAUGGACUGUUACUAUGGCGGGAGCAUUAACUGCUCAGCAAUUGAAAGUAUUUAAAUUGACCUGUAAUAUAACACGUCCUGCAUCAGAUGGUUUUUUUUAAGACAGUAUUUUGUUACAAUCGUUUACAAUGAAAGGACCAGUUUGAGUUAUGCUUUAAUCAGAAUGUUAAUCAAAUUAUGCUUCUUUACUUGCCUGGUAUUUUUUCUCAAACCAUAUUUUAUCUGAAGUGUAACAGAUGUUUUUUAGGGACGUCUUGACCUCCUGUGAGGCAUUUGAGAAUCCACUAAUGUGAAAAAAAUCUUUACGCUUGGCGAUAACAGUUGGUACUGACGUCAUGUUUUAUAUGUACUUUUUAAAUAAUAAAUAAGUUGGAUGUA